AUGAUUAUGACUGAUUAUGACGAUGACAACGACGAUGAUGAUGAUGAUGAUAAUUACGAUGACGAUUAUGAUGAAGAUGACAAUGACGAUGAUUAUGACUUUAUUGAUGAAGAUGACGAUGACGACGACGAUGAUGAAGAUGAUGAUGAUUACUAUGACGAUUACAAUGGCAAUGACUAUGGUGAUGACGAUGUCAAUGACGAUGACGACGACGAUAUUAAUAACUAUGAUCACGACGAUGACGAUGACGACGAUUAUGAAGAUGAUGAUGACGAUGACGAUGAUCAUGGUGACGACGAUUACGAUGAUGAUGAUGAUGACAAUGACGAUGACGAUGAUCAUGACAACGACAACGACGAUGACAAUGAUGAUGACGAUAACGAUGACAAUGACAAUGAUUAUGACUUUGACGAUGAUGAUGACGAUUACGAUGACGAUGAUGAUGAUGAUUACGAUGACGAUGAUAAUGGCGAUGACUAUGGUGAUAACGAUGUCGAUGACGAUGGCGAUGACGAUGUUAAUAACUAUGAUCAUGACGAUGACGAUGAUGAUGAUGAUGAUGAAGAUGAUGAUGGUGCUGACGAUUACGAUGAUGAUGAUGAUGACAAUGAUGAUGACGAUGAUCAUGACAACGACAAUGACGAUGAUUGA